AUGAUGACAUCGGUGGGCACUAACCGAGCCCGGGGGAACUGGGAGCAGACACAGACACAGAGCCAGACACAGCACAAGCAGCGGCCGCAGGCCACUGCGGAACAGAUUCGACUUGCACAGAUGAUUUCGGACCAUAACGACGCUGACUUUGAGGAGAAGGUGAAACAACUGAUCGACAUCACAGGCAAGAACCAGGAUGAGUGCGUGAUUGCUCUGCAUGACUGCAACGGAGAUGUUAACAGAGCCAUCAACGUGCUGCUGGAGGGCAAUCCGGACACGCAUUCCUGGGAAAUGGUCGGGAAGAAGAAGGGUGUCUCAGGACAGAAGGAGAGUGGACAGACAGAACCCAGUGAAGAAAGCAAAGAAAACCGGGAGAGGGAUCGGGAUUUCAGCAGACGACGUGGCGGGCCACCGAGGCGGGGGCGAGGUGCCAGCCGUGGAAGAGAGUUUCGGGGCCAGGAGAAUGGACUAGACGGUGGUAAGAGUGGUGGAUCUUCUGGAAGAGGCACGGAAAGAGGGAGACGAGGACGUGGCCGAGGCCGAGGUGGCUCUGGAAGGCGAGGGGGAAGAUUUUCUGCCCAAGGCAUGGGAACUUUCAACCCAGCUGACUAUGCCGAGCCGGCCGGCACGGAUGAGAACUAUGGGAAUAGUAACAACAACACGUGGAACAACACUGGCAGCUUUGAGCCAGAUGAUGGCACAAGACUUGAUUUCAUUGGGGGUGAGGGGUCAAAUUAUCCCCGAAAAUUUGACACUGCUCCUGGUGCGUGGAGGGCAGCGACAGAAGAAUGGGGCACAGAGGACUGGAAUGAAGAUCUGUCUGAGACGAAGAUCUUCACUGCCUCCAAUGUGUCUUCAGUGCCUCUGCCUGCCGAGAAUGUGACAAUCACAGCUGGACAGAGAAUUGAUCUUGCAGUCCUGCUAGGAAAGACGCCCUCUUCUAUGGAGAAUGAGUCAACAAACCUGGAGUCAUCCCAGGCUCCUUCCCUGGCCCAGCCACUGGUGUUCAGCAAUUCUAAGCAGAGUGCUAUAUCCCAGCCUGCCUCUGGUAACUCCUUCUCUCACCACAGCAUGGUGAGCAUGCUGGGGAAAGGGUUUGGAGAUGUCGGGGAGGCCAAAGGCAGCAGUACCACAGGUUCUCAGUUCCUGGAGCAGUUCAAGACAGCCCAGGCUCUGGCUCAGCUGGCUGCUCAGCACACCCAGCCUGGUGGGAGCACCACUGCUUCUUCUUGGGACAUGGGAUCCACUACGCAGACCUCGUCUCUCGUGCAGUAUGAUCUCAAGAACCCAACAGACACUUCCGUGCAUAGUCCCUUCACCAAGCGUCAGGCCUUCACGUCAACUACAACCAUGAUAGAAGUGUUCAUGCAGGAGAAACAGCCUGUGGUGACUGCCUCCACAACUGUGCCGGCACCCCCUUCCUCGCCGCUGCCCAGCAAAACCAAUCCUGUUCCCCAGAUGUCCCCAGGGUCCUCGGACAACCAGUCCUCCAGUCCGCAGCCAGCACAGCAUAAGCUGAAGCAGCAAAAGAAGAAAGCAUCGUUAACAUCAAAGAUUCCUGCGCUUGCGGUGGAAAUGCCUGGCUCAGCAGAUAUCUCAGGGCUAAACCUGCAGUUUGGGGCAUUACAGUUUGGUUCGGAGCCUGUUCUCGCGGAGUACGAAUCGACACCCACGACAAGCGUAACCGUUAGCCAAUCUCAAAGCAGCCUGUAUACCAGCACGGCUAGUGAAUCUUCAUCCACAGUUUCAUCCAAUCAAAGCCAGGAGUCUGGUUACCAGAGCGGCACAAUACAGACAGCAACAUUUACCUCCCAGAACAGCGCUCAGGGACCACUGUAUGAACAGAGAUCCACCCAGACGAGGCGAUACCCAAAUUCAAUCUCCUCCUCGCCCCAGAAAGAUCUGACCCAGGCCAAGAAUGGUUUCAGUUCUGUACAACCCACGCCAUUACAAACCACACAAGCCGUUGAAGGUGCUACAGGUCCCACAGUGAAAUCAGAUUCCCCCUCUGCUCCCAGUAUCACGCCUCUCAACGAUGGGGUAUCUGCAUCGUCCUUGCUGACAACAGCCAGCCAACACUCAACAGCUCUGAGCAGCCUGAGCCACAGUGAGGAACUCCCCAGUACGACCACUGCCCAACUCAGCAGUACGUUACCCACCCAGCAGAACAGUCUGUCCUCAUCCACAUCCUCCGGGCGAACAUCAACUUCAACUCUUCUGCACACAAGUGUGGAGAGUGAAGCAAGCCUCCAUUCUUCUGCUAGCACUUUCUCCACCUCCUCCAGCACAGUGUCAGCCGCCCCGCCAGUCGUAAGCGUUUCAUCCAGUCUCAGCAGUGUCAGCAGCCUGGGCCUCAGCCUCAGCAGUAACUCCACGGUGACGGCCUCGACUCGCAGUUCCGUUGCAACAACAUCAGGAAAAGCCCCUCCCAAUCUCCCUCCUGGAGUCCCACCAUUGUUGCCUAAUCCAUACAUCAUGGCUCCAGGGUUGCUACAUGCCUAUCCGCCACAGGUGUACGGAUACGAUGACUUGCAAAUGCUCCAGACAAGAUUCCCAUUGGAUUACUACAGCAUCCCAUUCCCUACGCCCACCACCCCGCUGACUGGAAGAGAUGGCAGCCUGAGCAGCAAUCCGUACUCUGGUGACUUAACAAAAUUUGGCCGAGGCGAUGCCUCUUCCCCGGCUCCUGCAACAACUUUGGCGCAGCCUCAGCAGAGCCAGACCCAGACUCACCACACCACGCAGCAGACGUUCCUGAACCCGGCGCUGCCUCCUGGCUACAGUUACACCAGUCUGCCGUACUACACAGGGGUACCAGGGCUCCCCAGCACCUUCCAAUACGGGCCCGCCGUGUUCCCUGUUGCUCCUACCUCUUCCAAGCAGCAUGGUGUGAAUGUCAGCGUCAACGCAUCAGCAACCCCUUUUCAGCAGCCCAGCGGCUACGGCUCUCACGGAUACAGCACUGGUGUAUCUGUGACAUCCAGUAAUACAGGAGUGCCGGACAUCUCGGGCUCUGUCUACUCCAAAACUCAGCAAUCCUUCGAGAAGCAGGGAUUUCACACUGGAACCCCGGCAGCCUCCUUCAACCUGCCUUCGGCGCUGGGCAGCGGUGGCCCCAUCAACCCUGCGACGGCAGCGGCGUACCCCCCCACCCCUUUCAUGCACAUCCUGACCCCGCAUCAGCAGCCCCACUCGCAGAUCCUCCAUCACCACCUGCAGCAGGACGGGCAG